AUGCUCCCCUUCUGGUUGUUGUCCGUCUUGGCGGCGGUGACAUCGGGAUUGGGGAAUGACUCGGAAAUACUGGGCCCCAACGAUUUCGUGGAGACGCACCCGGACUGUGCGAUCAAGAUCGACCGCUGGGAGAGUAGCGCUGAAUUGACUGGAAAUGGUACCGUGGUCGGCCUCGUCGCGCCACUCAUCGAUAUAUGGCUCGGAUGCGUAUAUAAGGCCCAAGAAUACACAAUGACGGCGUGGGCGAGUGUGACCGGUUGGGCGUGCACGCUGCUCACCGUGGCCGCCGUCGCCGGCAACGUGUUGCUGAACCGGCGACAGAGAAAAGCCGCCAAGGCCAAGGCCGCCGCAAGGAGCGAGGGCUCGGCUCCGGCCCCCGCCGCUCCAGAAGCCCCUGUUGUGCCCGGGGCUCCGGAGCCCACUGUCCCAGCUACUCCGGAAGCUGCUGCUCCAUCGUCGCCGGAGGCUGCUGCCCCUACUGCUGCUCCUGCUACUCCUGCUGCUCCAGCUACUCCGGCGCCUCCAGCUACCCCUGCCACUCCUGCUCCUCCAGCUGCUCCAACUGCCCAGGACGCGCCGCCGGUCCCUGAUCAUCGACCGCCUGUUCCUGCGCAUGGUAGCCCGGCACUGCGCCAACCAUCCAAGUCGGCUCCGAAA